AUGAGAACGCUCGACACUCGACUCUCGCGCGCGUACUUGAGAGGUUCUCAAAUUUUGUUCCUCAAGCCGCUGAGAACGCUCGACACUCGACUCUCGCGCGCGUACUUGAGAGGUUCUCUAAUUUUGUUCCUCAAGCCGCUGAGAACGCUCGACACUCGACUCUCGCGCGCGUACUUGAGAGGUUCUCUAAUUUUGUUCCUCAAGCCGCUGAGAACGCUCGACACUCGACUCUCGCGCGCGUACGUGAGAGGUUCUCAAAUUUUGUUCCUCAAGCCAAUGAGAACGCUCGACACUCGACUCUCGCGCGCGUACUUGAGAGGUGCUCAAAUUUUGUUCCUUAAGCCGCUGAGAACGCUCGACACUCGACUCUCGCGCGCGUACUUGAGAGAUUCUCAAAUUUUGUUCCUCAAGCCGCUGAGAACGCUCGACACUCGACUCUCGCGCGCGUACUUGAGAGGUUCUCUAAUUUUGUUCCUCAAGCCGCUGAGAACGCUCGACACUCGACUCUCGCGCGUGUACUUGAGAGGUUCUCAAAUUUUGUUCCUCAAGCCGCUGAGAACGCUCGACACUCGACUCUCGCGCGCGUACAUGAGAGGUUCUCUAAUUUUGUUCCUCUAG